GUGUGUGUGUAUGCAUGUGUGUGUGGUGUUGUCGAGAAGUAGAGACGAGGAAAGUGCAGAGACCGUCAGUGAUUGUCCGCUGCCCUGUCCAGCAGUAGUAACUCGCGAAGAGAUAUGGCGGUGUUACUGAAGAAACACUGCUCCAAAGCGGUAUUGACCGUAGUCGCUCUGAUUGCCAUCACGCACGCACAACAGACGAAUACAAGGGCAUCCGCGGCGAAGAAGGAAGAUGUGGAAUUCACGUGUCCGACGGAGGUGGGAAACGGCAACUUCGCCGACCCGGCGACCUGCAAACGCUUCUACCAGUGCGUCGACGGAUACCCGUACAUGAACCGGUGUCCUUCCGGCCUCUACUUCGAUGACAUCAGCAAAUACUGCACGUUUAAGGACGAGGCGCGGUGCGGCCCAAUUGCCUCAACACCGGCCCCAAGCACAGAACCUCCAGUUGAUUUGGCCACAAAAUGCAACACGGCAGAGUGCGAAUUACCUUACUGCUUCUGCUCAAAGGAUGGUACUUUGAUCCCAGGAGGUUUAGACCCCGAAGAUACUCCCCAAAUGAUUCUGUUGACUUUCGAUGGCGCAGUGAACUUGAACAACUACGAUCAUUACCGUAAAGUCUUCAGCAAGAACCGCCAGAACCCUAACGGCUGCGACAUCAAGGGAACGUUCUUCAUCUCUCACGAGUACAGCAACUACAACAUGAUCCAGCAAUUGGCCAGCGACGGACACGAAAUCGGCACAGAAACAAUUUCUUUGCAGCAAGGACUUCAAGAUAAGGGGUACGAGGAAUGGGUUGGCGAGAUGAUCGGUAUGAGGGAGAUCCUCAAACAUUUCUCCAACAUCUCGAAGAGCGAGGUUGUAGGUAUGAGGGCGCCUUUCCUGAAGCCCGGACGCAACACACAAUACAAGGUUUUGGAAGAUUUCGGUUAUAUCUACGACAGCUCCAUCGGAGCUCCUCCUUCGCCAGUUCCCAUUUGGCCCUACACUCUCGACUACAAGAUUCCUCACGAGUGCAAGGCUGGAUCGUGCCCCACGAAGACUUUCCCCGGUGUGUGGGAAGUACCAUUAAACGCCCAUUACGUGGAAGACUACGAGGGAGGUCAUUGCCCGUACUUGGACCAAUGCGUUUUGCACAAUCACGACGCCCAGGAGGUGUUCGAAUGGCUGCAGGAGGAUUUCAGCAGGUACUACGAGCAGAACAAAGCACCAUACAUGAUGCCAUUCCACACGAAUUGGUUCUCUAUCAAAGAGUUGGAGCAAGGUCUGCACAAAUUCUUGGAUUGGACCUCAACGCUUCCCGACGUGUGGUUCGUGACCAUGACACAAGCCCUCACCUGGAUGACGGAUCCGAAGUCUCUGAAGCAGGUCAACAGCAUCGAGGCGUGGAACUGCGUCAAGAAGAAGGAGAACAUUCCUCCACCUAGUUGCAACAACAGCAACAAGUGCGCGCUCAGUUACAAGAACCCCAACAUGAACUUCACGGACACCAGGUACCUGGAGACCUGCGCCGAAUGCCCGAAUCAGUACCCGUGGCUCGGGGACGCCGGAGGCAGCGGCAUCCCGGGCAAGGACAAUUAUGUUCCUGAUAACGUUAGGAAAUAACUUUAAACAAAAACAAAACAAAAAAAACGCCUAAAUAAUAA